CUCUUCAUUUGUACCUUCUACGCAGCCUCUUUGUUUUCAUUUCUUACAGUUUUGCACGGGAGAUCUUUGUGACUGGCCAAGAUGAAUGUCAUCGAAUGGGCAUUCGGAAAGCGCAUGACACCAGCAGAGCGCCUGCGCAAACAUCAAAGGGCUCUUGACCGGACACAGCGCGAAUUGGACCGGGAGAGAACCAAGCUGGAAAAUCAGGAAAAGAAGCUGGUGCAAGACAUCAAGAAGAGCGCCAAGAAUGGUCAGAUUGGAGCCUGCAAGAUCCAGGCCAAAGACCUGGUCAGGACGAGACGGUACAUCCAGAAAUUCUAUCAAAUGCGAACGCAACUUCAAGCGAUUUCCCUCCGCAUUCAGACCGUUCGCAGCAACGAACAGAUGAUGCAAUCAAUGAAAGGCGCCACAAUGCUAUUGGGUAGUAUGAACCGACAAAUGAACCUUCCCGCGCUGCAACGAAUCGCUAUGGAAUUUGAACGAGAAAAUGAUAUUAUGGAUCAGCGACAAGAAAUGAUGGAUGACGCGAUUGACGAAGCAACUGGAAUGGAGGGUGAGGACGAAGAUAGCGAAGAUAUUGUCAAGGAAGUCUUGGAUGAAAUAGGUGUAGAUCUCAGCCAGGCGCUGGGUGAGACGCCAACCGACAUACAGAAGACUGCCGUCGGCGAGACUCGAGUUGCCCAACCAGUUGGUGCUGGGGGGAGCUCAGCCGAUGACGAUCUACAAGCCAGGCUGGACAGCCUUCGACGGUGAUCAUGAGCUCUAUUUGUUCCUUUAUUAUAUUUUCUGUCCUUCAAGCCUCACUUUCAUCCAUAACGGGUUUACUCUUUGCAUCGAUUACGACGCCACUUCUUUAUGUCAGGUUAAUGUGAUACACUCGGCAAUCCAGCCAGUUCGCCACAUCAACCCAAAGGAAGGCGAAGCUGGCUUUGGAUAUGAGUGCUUCGGUGCUACAGGCUCUAAGGGCUUUCACGCAUUGUAGUAACGUGAACUUCAGGCUAAUCCAUACCUACUCAUCAAUCAUACCCUAUACCUAUAUUCUCAUUGUUAAUCCUAAUGACAAUGAUCC